UCUCAGCAGCGGGAGUCUAAUCUCCGCCAGCACCCACAGGAAUGAGCGGAAUUUUCUCUAUCACAAAACUCUCUCAGAUUAGGAAAUCUGACGUUUACAGUGCUGUUUUCUGCGCGGACACGAGGAAAGGUGGGUGUACACACUAGUUGUACUGUGUGGCUUUACUGUGCCUCAGCUCAGAUGAGCUCACACAGCCGAUGCGCACAUCGUAGGAUCCUACCAAUGUGAGAAGGCGUAAGGACACCGAGCGGCAGCCUGGUAGUCAGUGGGAAGUGUGUAAGCUUUUGUGCAAAGGCUGUCGACUUUCCGCAGCACAAAGUAAAUAGAGAGAAGCACAAAUGCUCUUGUGUUCAUUUGUUUCACGUUGGAGAGACUCGGUGGAUUUGUAGGUUUUCUGUCUGAAUGGAAAUCCACUCUUUUCAUCGCAGACGGGACUGGACUUCAGACUCAGCGGCUGAUAGGAAGAAGGCUGUACUUUGAACACUCUGCUUUCUUCUUUCUUCCUUCUUCAUAAAAUGCCGAGAUUCCGUCUAUCGUACACUGUCCACUUCAAGCCGGGCUGUUCAUCUGGAAGGGCGCCAGACCUUCAGUCUCUCAAAUAUGCAAGUUCAGUCCAAUAAAUUGUGUCAUUGUCUGUCAGCACUGGAAUAAGAAAUCAAUACUCAAGAAAAGAGACGUGAUAUUCCUCCGGAAUUUUAACGACCCUCUCCCUUCUCCCCCCCUCAGCCAUCCUGAUAAAUAUGCGCUUUGGUUGGAUUAGGGUGGUCUGGUCCAGCUUGGCGCUUUUUUAGCUGGAGCAGCGCUGAUGGGGACUGAUUUUUACUGUUGAUUUUGUCCAUGCAAGACUCGGGGUGGAAACAUGUCUGGCCACUUCUUUGAGAGGAUCGCUGCUAUCAGAGAUGGCAUUUUGGUCCAGCACUUCGGUUUUCACCUCUAAAGUGCCCCGGAAAAUCUUAUUCAUGUUCACCCUCUCCCUUUCUGUCACCUACUUGUUCUACAGCUUGAUGAGCUGCUACAACUCGCUGCAGUUCCCGCUGCAGGAGAACUAUGUGUUUCAGGGCAGGCUGGUGACGGAGGAUACAACUUUUGUGACACUGAGGGAGAAACUUUACUCGGCUUCGCCAGGCUUCACGGAAUUCACACAGGCUGAGAGAACAACCGCGGCUCCGACGGUAGGAGAGAACGAUGAGGCCGAACAAAGGACAGUGGAGUGGAUUAGGACGCAGGCAUCUCCAACUAAAUCUGCGGCGGCGUUUCGCCCCACCGCGCCGGAGAGGGAGCACCAGGAGAUCAGCACCACGGACAGCGAACUCAGGGUGAACUGCACCUCGGAUUACGGGGAGAAGAAACUUCCCCAAGCCAUUAUAAUCGGGGUGAAGAAAGGGGGUACCCGAGCCCUGCUGGAGGCUCUCAGGGUGCACCCAGACGUGAGAGCCGUUGGGAAUGAGCCACACUUCUUUGACAGGAACUACGAGAAGGGACUUGACUGGUACAGAGACCUGAUGCCUUCUACGCUGGAGGGGCAGAUCACCAUGGAGAAGACACCCAGCUAUUUUGUGACUAACCAUGCCCCCAAGCGCAUCCACUCCAUGGCCAAGGACAUCAAGCUUAUUAUUGUUGUGCGUAAUCCUGUCACUAGAGCCAUUUCAGACUAUACACAGACCUUAUCUAAGAAACCCGAGAUCCCCACCUUUGAGGUUCUGGCUUUUAAGAACCGGACGCUGGGGCUUAUUGAUGCCUCUUGGAGUGCUUUGCGUAUUGGAAUAUAUGCACUUCACCUGGAGAGCUGGAUGCAGUAUUUCCCUCUUUCCCAGAUGCACUUUGUAAGUGGGGAGCGUCUGAUCGUGGACCCUGCCGGAGAAAUGGCUAAAGUGCAGGACUUCUUGGGCUUAAAGCGGAUUGUCACAGAUAAACACUUCUACUUCAAUAAAACUAAGGGAUUCCCAUGUCUAAAGAAGCCAGAGGACAGCAGCACCCCCAGGUGCCUUGGAAAGUCCAAAGGAAGAACUCACCCCAAAAUAGACCCGGAUGUGAUUCGGCGGCUGCACAAGUUCUACAAACCCUUUAACAUGAUGUUCUACCAAAUGACUGGCCAGAACUUUGAAUGGGAGCUAGAGGAGGACAGUGUUUCUCGUAGCUCUCAGGACUAGCAUGGCACCGCUGAGCCACACCACCAGCCUUCUCACUCAAACAACCAUUGUCCCACUUCAUCUUAAGAGAGUACUUGAGUGCCCCAAUCAAUCAUGGCUCUCCUUGCAGUUUGUGUAUCCAUUAGCAAGAGUUUACUGACAUGCUUUUUCUUGAAGUUGGCAAAUCAUUAUUGUGUAUACUAAACAUAAAAUAUAUUUAUAUUUGUGUAAAUGA